ACAGUUUUGUUGACAAACCAGGAUAUCUCUCGGUAGCUCGUCUCAGAAGUAGUGAAAUCGCGGAUCGUGUGUGUGACAUCAAAUUUUCAAAGCAAACUAUAAUGGCAUAUAAACCUGUUUUCUCCGCUGUCAAAAUAAUGUAUGAAGCAGACUUCUUAAACAACAGCAAGUUACAGUCAAUUGGAGAGUCCGGGCCAGCGAAGACGCGCUCCGCUGCACAUUUCCACGUUAAAUUUAGCGCGCGAUGAUUUUCACUUUUCAUUAUAUAUAUAUUGUUUAGUUUAUUUGUUUCGUGAUUGUGAACUGGAUAUUGAAGAUCGCGUGAGCCUAUCGCUGAUAGGAAUUGGUACGCCAUCAAAUAAAAUAGCCGGAAGCUGCGACCAUUUCACUUUCGAGCACAAUCUUGAACUGCCGACAACAAUGACCUGUGUCUUCGACGGGUUCACCCUCAAUCCAUGCGAAUUACUCCAACGGGAUAAUAUUGAUAAGUCAUUAUUCAGCGUCUUCAUCGCGUUGGUCAGUUCUGACAAAGAAGUUUGUGUAUAGAUCUGUAGAUCAUCUGCAUACAGGUGGUAGGAAGAAACUGAGAUAACGAUGACGUCACAAAUAAACGAAUGGUAUAAAGGCCGGAAAGUCCUUAUCACCGGUUCCUCCGGGCUGAUGGGCAAGGUCUUAAUAGAGAAAUUACUGUAUAGCGUUCCGGAUAUAGGAUGCGUGUACGCGCUGGUGCGGUCCAAGCGAGGAAAGAGCCCGGAAUCACGCAUCGAAGACAUGUGGAAAUUGCCUCUUUUUACGAGAAUAAGAGAAGAAAAGCCUCACGUGAUGAAGAAGCUUGUAGCCGUCCCUGGCGACAUAAUCUGCGACAAACUAGGCAUCGAAAAAACUAAACUAGAACAAAUUUAUAAUGAGGUUUCGGUAGUUUUCCAUUUCGCUGCAAGCUUACGUUUAGAAGCGCCAUUGAAGGAAGGCUUGGAAAUGAACACAAAAGGCACGAUGCGUGUUUUGGAAUUAUCCAAGAACAUAAAAAAUUUGGUCGCUUUUGUACAUCUGUCGACGGCUUUCUGUUAUCCAGAUUAUGAGCGAUUGGCCGAAAAGGUCCACGAUCCCCCUACUGAUCCCGAAAACGUACUUCAAGCGGCGAGUUGGCUCACCGAACAGCAGUUAAACAUUCUCGCUCCUUCAAUAUACAAGAAGCACCCCAACUCUUACACGUAUUCCAAAAGGCUGGCUGAAGCUCUUGUGAAAGAGAGCUACCCUCAACUACCGGCAGUUGUAGUUAGACCUAGUAUAGUGACACCCGCAUACAAAGAGCCCAUAGCAGGUUGGGUUGAUAAUCUAAACGGCCCCAUUGGUUUGAUGGUAGGCGCCGGGAAGGGCGUCAUCCGCUCCAUGCACUGCUACGGUCAUUACCACGCCGAGGUCAUACCGAUAGACAUCGCUAUUAACGCCAUUAUAGUUAUAAGCUACAAGAUUGGAAAUCAGUCUGAAAGACCUCCAGAAAUACCGACAUUCAACCUCACUACAGGAGACGACAGGAACACAACAUGGAAGGAAGUUCUGGAUAUCGGUAAAGCGACCGUUCGAAAGUAUCCCUUCGAAGGUCCCCUCUGGUAUCCGAACGGCAACAUCAGACAUAAUAAGUUCAUACAUGACUUGUGUGUGUUCUUCUACCAUCUAGUUCCGGCGUAUUUUAUUGAUUUUCUGAUGUUUUUGUUCAUGCAGAAACGAUUUAUGGUUCGGAUUCAAAAUAGGAUUUCAGUAGGUCUAGAGGUGCUACAAUAUUUCACGACGCGUGAAUGGUGGUUCGAUACAGAUAAUUUCAAAGCUUUAGCUACAAUGUUGAAUCCUGUUGAUAAGGAAGUUUUUCCUAUGGACCUAAGCGUCAUUGAAGACGAGCCUUACAUAGAGAGCUGUAUGAUCGGGGGCAAGCUGUAUUGCAUGAAAGAGAAGCUUGAGAAUUUGCCUAAAGCAAGACUCCAGAAUAAUAUUCUCUACGUCUUGGAUAAAAUAACAACAGUCUUUUUCUACUUGAUCCUGCUGUACUGGGUAGUACUGUAUUGCGCACCAGUCCGCGAAGUAUUAUCUUAUGGCGGUCCAUUUGUUCGAUACCUACCUUUGGUGGGUAAAGCGGUUUUUAAAAAUGAUCUUUAAUUAAAUUUAACAUUAAAUUUAAUUACAUUAAACAUUAAUUAAAUUUAAAUUUAAAAUUUAAUAACUACUAUAUUUGGGGACUAAAAUUCACUUGAAAUCGUGAAAUUUAUUUUUCUGCUAUAUUGAAUUGGUGUGUUGAUUGUCCUUGUAUUAAAUUUACUCUUUACUUUUAAUAGAGAAAACUUGUAAACAAUAAAAUAAACUUUUUUCUAUAAAA